UCGAAUUGUUACGUCACUUCCCUGGAGUGACGCAGCUGCGGGUCAGAGGCGGCAACAAAAUGGCGGCCCCAGAGGAGCGGGAGCUGUCGGCGGAGCAAACGGAGAAACUGCUCCAGUUUCAGGACUUGACUGGCAUAGAGUCCAUGGACCAAUGUCGUCAUACGCUGGAACAACACAACUGGAACAUUGAGGCAGCUGUUCAGGAUCGACUGAACGAACAAGAGGGUGUCCCAAGUGUCUUCAAUCCACCACCUUCCCGACCACUGCAAGUCAACACUGCCGACCACAGGAUUUACAGCUAUGUUGUUUCAAGACCACAACCAAGGGGCUUGUUAGGAUGGGGUUACUAUUUGAUAAUGCUUCCAUUCCGAUUUACAUAUUACACAUUACUUGAUAUAUUUAGGUUUGCUUUGCGUUUCAUACGCCCUGAUCCUCGAAGUCGGGUCACUGACCCCGUAGGUGACAUUGUUUCGUUUAUUCAUAUGUUUGAAGAAAAAUAUGGAAGGAUACAUCCUGUCUUCUACCAGGGAACAUAUAGCCAGGCACUGAACGAUGCAAAGAGGGAGCUCCGCUUCCUCCUGGUCUACCUUCAUGGUGAUGAUCAUCAAGAUACUGAUGAAUUCUGUCGCAACACUCUCUGUUCACCUGAAGUGAUCUCCCUUAUCAAUACCAGGAUGCUUUUCUGGGCUUGUUCUACAAAUAAGCCUGAAGGAUACAGAGUUUCUCAGGCUCUGCGUGAGAACACCUACCCUUUCCUAGCAAUGAUCAUGUUGAAAGAUCGCAGAAUGACUGUAGUGGGAAGGUUAGAAGGACUCAUCCAACCUGAUGACCUCAUGAAUCAAUUGACAUUCAUCAUGGAUGCCAACCAGACAUACCUGGUUUCUGAGCGCCUGGAAAGAGAAGAGAGAAACCAAACUCAAGUCCUAAGACAGCAACAGGAUGAGGCAUAUUUGGCUUCGUUACGGGCAGAUCAGGAGAAAGAACGCAAGAAAAAGGAAGAGCGGGAGAGGAAGAGAAGGAAGGAGGAGGAGGUGCAGCAGCAGAAGCUCGCAGAGGAGAGGAGGAGACGGACUUUGCAGGAGGAGAAAGAACGGAAAUCUGAAUGCCUUCCACCAGAACCUCAUCCUGAUGACCCAGAAAGUGUCAAAAUCAUCUUCAAAAUGCCUAAUGACUCUAGGGUGGAGCGGCGAUUCCAUUUUACACAGUCGUUAACGGUGAUCCAUGACUUCCUAUUCUCUUUGAAAGAGAGCCCAGAGAAGUUCCAGAUCGAGGCCAACUUCCCUCGCCGUGUCCUGCCCUGCCUUCCCUCAGAGGAGUGGCCCAAUCCGCCCACGCUCCAGGAAGCUGGACUCAGCCACACGGAAGUUCUCUUUGUGCAGGACCUCACGGACGAUUGACACUUUUCCAAAAUACAGAGAUGAAAAGAGAUUCCUAUUAUAAUACAAUAUUUUUUUUAAAAGACUGCUGCGUACAAAUGAGGGAUCAGAGACUCUGUGGCUUUGACCAGCCACACCAUGCGUCUGCACUGGCGAGAGAAACUGCACACUCACGCACACUCAACCCUUUUACAUUCAGAGGGCAAAUGGGAGGGUCACGACUACCCUCCCAAGGUCAGGAAUGGCAGCUCUUGGUAAAUAUUGCUUUUAUUAAAAAUGAUAUACCCCAACUUUCUGACAUUAGAAUACUUGCUGCUUGUGACAGCCAGAGGACAAUGUCACCUGUGGGCCACAAUAAAAGUAUUCUGCCCAGCUUUGGGUGGUCCAGGCAGCAGGGUUUUUUUUCCGAGCUUCUCAUUCUGUAUAAAUCUUCUUUUGCUUUGUAUUGACCAAAGGAGAAUGGGGUUACAAUGGUAUUCUUUUUUUAAAAGAGCCGGUUGACAUUCUUAACUACAGGGGUUCUUCUUUCCCAGGGUUGUUAGCCUGCGUAGUGUAAUAAACUCUGCCUCUAGUGUGCCUGUGCUAACACUUCUCACUGUGAGUGUCUUACUGCCUACCCAGGCUGCGUCUGGCUCAAAUGCACUGCCUAGUUGGAAAUGGUGGCCUAACCCACCCUGUAUGUGCAUAGACUAAAUUCUCUGAUGCAGUAACAGCCUAAAUCAGAAUUUGGCACUAUGUUUGCCUUCACCACAGACACUCAAGCUUGCCUUGUAGGAGUUUUGGACUGUGCGGGAUGCUUUUAGUCAAGCCAUAGAAGUGUCUGCAGUAAAAGCUGAAAGAAAGGUAUAAAAGAUAGCAGAAAUAUCAGAGGAAAUGUGUGGCCUGUUGUUAGCUGUUGGCCUAGAGAGGGUUGCUUGAAUAAAUGAUGCUACAACAGGAGGCUACCGAGUUCUAAAGGGGCAGCGUACCCUGCUCUUUGUAACGGCUGUUGCUGUCACCUUCAGUAAGAGGAGAGUGAUUGAUCAUGCCCCAUUGAACACUGGAGUGUUUGUGAGGCCAGAAAGCUGCCGUCUGUCACCUUUCUAACUAACCAGACAAUCCUGAUUAACUCAACCCCCCCCCCCCCGCCCCCCAGGCUUGUGGAAGUUCACAGAGCACAAGCUAUAUCUGCACGCAUUACAUGGGGGGUUUGUGGGUCUCCUUCUUGAGGUGCAGGGCUUUCCCUCCACUGGGUUUUUGGGGGAAUAUCUGACUUCUUGAAAACUGGCAGUAUUUGGAAUCUGAGCUGGACUCAUAAAAUACAGUAUUUUUAUUUGCCAGACCA